GCUCUCUCGUCACAUUCGUCACCUUCGUCCCAACCCCCGACGAGCGAUCCAUUUAGCGAUCCACCCGUUGUCUCUUCCCCAUUUUCAUAGAGAACAACCGACACUAGCCAAACGAAAUAUCUUGUCUUUAGGCUACCCAAUACGCCUCAAGACGAACACCACAUCUUCUUUACCCGUCAAGAAUUGACACCGCAGGCAGACGUUCUCUGCAGGCACCUUGGUUACCUUGUCAGAUCGAUCUCACGACAAUGACACAACACGGCUUCCCAGGCGGGAUUGACCCGAACGAUUUGGCCAUGCCGGGCAAUUACCCCGGGUCAUUCCAACAUAACUUCAACCACAACCCGUCAUCAAACAGCUACUCGACUGGUUCGGCGCUCUUUGGAGACGAGGAGCUCUUGGACGGGCUGAACAGCCCAACCGAGGCUCAAGCCGGAGUCCAGGAAUUUGGGGGGAUGAAUGAUAUGGGUGUCAGUUAUUCCCAUGGGGUUUACGGCUCCCACCACGGGCUACCGAUCAACCAACAGCCGAUGAACGGGUACUCGAGCACACCGGAUGGCGAUCCCAUCCAGAGCCCUUUUGCCCACAACUUUGCCUACCGACAAAUGGGGCACGCUCAGCCCUUCGGUGCACUCAAAUCGCCACUGUCAUACGCCGGCUCUCCUCUUGCGAACCCGGAAGUGAACGAGAGCAAUGACCCUAACUUUCUCAGUGCCCAGGCCCAGGCCCAGGCACAGGCCCGCAACCGCCUCGCAGGUGCAAUGCAACGAAAGCCCUCGUCGAACGCCAGAGGUUCGUUGACACCCAAGUCGGCAGCUCUGGCCGGGCUGCCGGUUAACGCCGAAGCCCCCUUUGGGGCUCAACCGAUCAGAACCACGGGCCCCCAUCACGAAAAGUCGCAUUCGGGCCAGUGGAUCCAGACGCCUAACAGCAUGUCAUCCUUCCCGGGUUCUGGGUUUUCAUCACCACUGCAACAAGGCAUGCCUAACAGCCAGAUUAACGAUCUCAUCCUGAAGGGUGGUGUUUCAAUGCCCGCAAAGCUCGGUGCACCCUCGGCUGCUGCAUCAACCCAGGAAGCCAGGCGGAAGCGCCGAAGAGAGUCCCACAAUAUGGUCGAGCGUCGCCGACGCGACAACAUCAACGAGCGUAUCCAGGAUCUCAGCAAGUUGGUACCGCCGCACCGGCUCGAAGACGAGAAGAUAAGGAAAGCCAUCCAAAACGGUACCCCGCUGUCGCCCACCCUUUCUGGGAUCAGCGGACCGUCGCAGGCAACAUCGGCUCUUGCGGGCCCCGGCGCGCGGCGCGCGGCAGGCGGGAGUACAGGGAACAUCACGACCGGCUUGCCUGUUGAUGACAAAGAUAAAGGCCCGAACAAGGGCGAUAUACUCAACGGCGCCGUCAGCUGGACAAGGGACCUGAUGUGGAUGUUGCACCUAAAGAUCCAGCAGCAAGAGGAGCUGAUCAAUGCUCUCUACGAACGUGGCGGCCAAUUGCCUUUCGAGAUUACCGACGACGAGAGGCGGAUGCAGACCGAGCUUCUAGAGUCAAUGGCCCGGAACGACGAUGGGAUUUCGUACUCGCGCACGGCUGGCUCCGGCCUUCGUGUGCCACACCAUACCGACUACAAGGGCGAGCCCCUUGGCGCCAACGGGAACGGAAUGGAUCACGGCUCGCUGAGCCCGGGAGACGACGGCCCGGGGGUGAGCCACGAAAUGCUCGACAAUGGCGAUUUCGUGGACUUCGACGAUGAUGGCAGCGGUGAGGUGUUCAAGGAGGAGGACGAAUUCGGCAUGGAUCUCACCGCCUAACGAGGAGCACAUGUCUCCGAACUGGCGUUUUCCCGUCUCUUUCCUGCCCCUUUCAGGAGGCUCGUUCACCCAGCUUUUCCUUUUGGUUCUUGAUCACGGCUCGGUUUUGAGGUUCG